CCUCCAUCAAUCAAGAAUCCCCAGACGCUUCGGCCGGAUCUCUUCCUUCUUUUCCUUUCUCCUGUUCUUUUGGUGCUGCUGGUCUUCAUGGCAGGGAUUUCGUUCCUGGAGGGCCUUGGCCGACGGCCCCAGCGGCUCAUUGGCCUCGCCGUCGUUUUCCUCGUCAUCCUCAGCUUCUCGACAUGGCUCACCCUCAGUCCGACGGGCUACGACAGCGUCCGCUCCGGCUUCUCGCAGCAUCUCCCCUCGUCUUGGGGAGCGAGCGCGGGCGCAGGCUCGGCCUCGGGACUGGUGCCGUCGCAGGAUCUUGCCGACCUCUACACGCACAACCCGGGCAAACCCACGACGGCCGAGGAGCUGGCCAAGUGGGCCACCAAGGGCAAGGACGGGAACAUCUAUCCGCCCACCUUUGUGCCACAGGCGGCCAACCAGGCACCCCGCGCAAAGGCCGGCUUCAUCGUCCUGGUCCGGAACCAGGAGCUGGAGAGCAUGAUGGAGAGCAUGAAGGAGGUCGAGUUCCGAUUCAAUAGAAAGUACGGCUAUCCUUGGAUCUUCCUCAACAACGAGCCCUUCUCGGACGAAUUCAAAAAGGGCGUGCGACAAAUGACGAGGAGCGAGAUCCGCUUCGGCCUGGUGCCCAAGGAGCACUGGAGCUACCCCGACUGGAUCGACCAGAGCAAGGCGGCGGAGACGAGGAGGAAGAUGAGGGAAGAUAAAAUCAUCUAUGGUGACUCGGAGUCGUAUCGUCACAUGUGCCGCUUCCAGUCCGGCUUCUUCUUCCGCCACCCGCUUACGAUGGACCUCGAAUACUACUGGCGCGUCGAGCCAGGGAUCAAGCUCUUCUGCGACAUUGACUACGACCCGUUCCUGUUCAUGCAGAUGAACAACAAGACAUACGGAUUCACAAUGGCGCUGCACGAAUACCUCGGCACGGUGCCCUCGCUCUGGGAGACGACAAAGGAGUUUGUCAAGAAGAACCCAGAGUACGUGGCCAAGCGGAACGGCAUGCACUUCCUCACCGACGAGCCCGAGCGCUUCAUGGAUCCCGGUUGGAACCUGUGCCACUUCUGGAGCAACUUUGAGAUUGGCGACCUGAGAUUCUGGCGAGGCAAGGAGUACAGCGAGUACUUUGACCACCUCGACAAGGCCGGCGGGUUCUUCUACGAGCGGUGGGGCGACGCACCCGUGCACAGCAUCGCGGCGAUUCUCUUCCUUGACAAGGCUCGCCUGCACCACUUUGACGACAUUGGCUACUACCACGUCCCGUGGAAUCACUGUCCGACGAAUCCAGAGUACCACGCCAAUGGCCGGUGCAGCUGCGACCCGGGCAAGAGCUUCGACAGGGAGGGCUACUCGUGCCUCAAGCAGUGGUGGAAUGGCGCAGACGAGAAGGAGCCGCUGUAUGUUGUUCCGCGCACAUUGACACACCCGGAUGAGGCACCUGCACUGUAGGAAACAGCAUCCAGCAGUGUCCUUGUGCCCUCCUUAGAUUUCUCUCUACUCUGUCUCUUUCUCUCUUGCAAAUGUCUUUUUGAUCUAGCUGGCUUGGCACAAAAUCAUUGUUGCAUCAUCA